UCAGUUUAUUCAAAGCCUCUGACGCCAAUUUGAACAAAAAAUCUGCAGCAGCUAGCAGCCAAACAGAAAAUUAGAAAAUCGAGAUUAAGCGCUUUUUUCUACAAUUUGAUCCACAAGUGCACAAAAAAGAAGAUAGGAAAAAUGUAAACAACGGUUGAAAGUACCGAAAAAAGUAAUAAAAACGGACACUUUUUCUGUUUACUUUUUAAACACCGUUUUGAACUCUUAAAGUCACAUAAUUACCUAAUUCACAAAUAAGUUGCUGUUAUUAUAAUUUGAAAUUAUCAAGACUCAACCAAACACCUCAAUACCACCCACAAAAUCAAAGAAAAAAACCCUUGCUACCUUUUGUUACUUUUAUCCGCUUGGUUGUUACAUUCAGCGAGGAUUAGCUCCUAAUCAAAAGAUUAAUUUAAAUCUCACAACAACAGUGUACUUUUAUCACAGUAUAAUGGCUCAGCACGAAAAUCAAAUGGUGAAUUUGUUCAAUUCCACUUUUCAAUCAAAAGCAAACUUGUCGCAACUUUCGGAGCUGAAUUCAGGUCACAUGGGUGGUGUGAAUAACUUUUCUGUGGCCAAUGAGUCAACUGCGCCCGCCUCCGAUUACGAAAUGAACUCGAGUUUGGACAACUCGUAUUGCGACAAUAAGUGUAUGAGCAAGUACUGGGCCCUGGAAGCGUAUCUGUGCAUUCUGCUGGUUGCAACUAUCGCCGCCAAUUGCAUGUCUAUCUUCAAACUGUACAAACAGUCCAAGCGCAGCGUCACUUCGGCUGGACACGACUCUAACCUGGCCUGCUUUGUGGGGCUUAACCUUAGCUCCAUCAAUCUCGCUGUCGGGAUUUUGGUGAUCACACCGCUAGUGUUCCAGCUGCAGUUCGAGCAGGUGUUGUUUGGUAGGGUGGGGUGCCAGGCAUUCGCCAUGCUCUUCAACAUCUACCAAGUGGGCACCCCCCUCUUUAUGGUCCUCAACGCAACUGAGAGGUUCAUCGCCAUCGUAUACCCCCUCAGACUGACGGAGCUGAUAACUCGGAAGCGUCUGCGUUUGGCAUCCGCUUUCAUCUGGUUGGUCCUGGCAGCAUUCGGCGUCGGCUUCAUGUUGGGAUCCGAGGUGCAGACGAACCCUGCCACCAACUCGGAGUACUGCAUCGUCAAACUAGUCGGACUCAGUUCAUCCCAGUCCGGGUUUCCAGUCAGCUUGUUGUUCGUGGUUGCCCCGAUUCUGAUGCUGGCCGUGCUCUACGGCUUUACCUGUCGGACUCUGUUGCGCAGUGUGGGCCAGUUCCGCCGACAGAACAGCUGUCGGUCUCCCACGAUGGCUGCUGGCGGCACCAGCCAGCACCGAGCUGGAAGUCAGCAGAAUUCACCCGCCAAGAACUGUUCGACCAUCGGAGAGGAAGCAGUCACGAAGAGUUCGAGACAUUCCCCGAAGCACGCCACAAACGUGGAACUAACACCCAAAGCGGAAACGAAUGCCAUUUCCGUGGAUCAAAUGAACACGCCAAGUCAAUUAUCGACCAAUCCGAGCCCAAAUGAGUCCCAAUUUAACCUCCCUUCCAGCCGAUCAAAAUCCGCUUUCGAUUUUACUGUCGGCCGAAUUCCGAGCUCCACUGGGACGAUGAGCUCAACUCCGAACGGAACAACUUCUGGACUGGUCUCGCGAAACGAAGCGGUGGCACGGAGGUAUCGCGCUACAUGCUUGCUGCUGUUAACUGUUAUUUCACACAGUUUACUGUGUCUGCCGUUCAUAGUCAACCAAUUUCUGGGUGUCUUCAAAGACGGAAUUUACCCUGAAACAGCAGCCGAGGAAAUGUUGACUCUGUUUUGCACGCCAAUUCUGGUCACAUCAAGCGCAGUUGUCCCGCUGAUCUAUCUGAGUAUAACGAAAUGCAACACGCCAAAGAAUUCCCGACGACUUGCGACUGACCGACAGGCAAUCGCGAACCGAAUGAGCAAUAGGGCGACAACCCGGGACACGUUGCGAGUAGUCGUGAAUGAUGCCCCGAUUCGAGUUCCGAGUUUGAAAGCCGUCAGCUCCGCCAAAACGGGAGCAACUUUGUCGUCAACGUGUAUAUGAUUAACUAUUUUUUUGCUAGAGACAAUUAGACUCCCAAAUUUUAUCGAUUAAUUCCUGAAUCAAUUAUCAUCGAGGCAAGGAUUAUCAUGUACCGUCUUUGCUGUUACAUACAAACAUGCACUGUUUUGAACUUAGAAAUAUAGAACAGCAUAAAGUUUCGAUGGACUAAUCUUAACAAGUAAAUAGCA